AUGAACCAAGUGCUCAAUGCUGAGGCUGUCAUGACCGGGGAAUUUGCCUCCAGUGAUGCUCCUUAUCGCCUGUUUCACCUCCUUAGCGCAGCGGUCGCGGCGACGGCGCAGCCCGAACACAACAGGAUAGUCGGGGAGACGACGACGGUCAAGCAGUACCCCUCUGUCGUGCAGGUGGACUUCCUGUUGCCCAACAUUGGGUGGGAUCAGAUGUGCGCCGGCACCAUCAUCACGCCCAUAGUCGUGGUCAGCGCUGCUAGCUGCUUUCUCGGGAACGUAACCGCAGAAAGUAGGCGCAUCCGAGCGGGUUCCUCCAUCAGGAACUCCGGGGGCACCAUCAUCAGCCUGCGCUCGUACCGGAACCACCCGCAGUUCCGGAAAAAGAAAUAUUAUAAGGACAACGGCGCGGACAUCAGUCUGCUGUACCUAGCGCAGGAGCUGAUGUUCACCGACUCGGUGCAGCCGGUGCCCAUCUCUCGGGAGGUGUUUCUGCCCCACGGCUCGUCGGUCACCCUCGCCACCUGGGGACGCAGCGUGCCUGACCAGGACUUUUCGCCGGUGCUGCGUGAGCUGACGCUCACCACGAUGAACCUCGGGGAUUGCAUGCUCCACAGCAAAGAUGUCAGGCCGGAAAUGAUCUGCGUCGGGAUCAUGGAGGGGGGCAGCAUUCACGGCUGCAGGGGCUUCACGGGCGGCCCGAUGUACCACGACGGCUUGCUCGUGGGAGUGGUCUCGUUUACCCGUACCUGCGCUUACGCCUACUCAGGAGUGGCCACCCAAGUGUUUGCCUACGACCACUGGAUUUCGAAAAACCAAAACAACAUUGACGACACUGACACGGAAGGUAAUAAUAAAUAA